AUGUCUCCUCACAACGACGCUCCUUCACCGGCAGGAAGUUUCACUCAAGCAUUCAACAUGUCCUUCUGUCCUGGUGCUGGCUCAGGUCUAAGAAACUCAAGUAGUAAUACCAAUAGUGUUUACUCCGAGUCACCAUUAAACGACUCUCAGUACAGCUCGUCGUACAGCAGUACUUCUCUCGACACCGAGGACCAUAUGUCCCGUCCAUUGGUACCCGGGGUCUAUGUCCCGACUGUUUGCUUCUUCGAUCCCGUUACCGAAGACCUCGAUACCGCAACCAUUGGCACGCAUGCAGUACGUCUUGCCCAAGCGGGUGUGACCGGCCUCACGACACAGGGCUCCAAUGGCGAGGCCGUCCACCUCACCCAUUCUGAACGCCAGACCGUGACACAAACCACACGUUCUGCCCUGAAUGCAGCCGGGUUCUCCCAUCUUCCUGUCCUUGUAGGCUGCGGUGCUCAGUCGGUGCGCGAAACGAUCCAAUACUGUCGUGAAGCAUACGCCGCUGGCGGCGACUAUGCACUCAUCCUGCCUCCGUCGUACUACGCACCCCUCUUCUCCCCCGCAUCGGCCAGCGUCAUCGAAUUCUUCAAUGCCGUUGCAGACAAGUCGCCCAUCCCGCUAGUCAUCUACAACUAUCCCGGCGCAGUGUCUGGAAUGGAUCUCUCAUCCGACGUCAUCAUCCAGCUUUCGGCGCAUCCCAACAUCGUCGGUGUCAAGCUGACAUGCGGCAAUACCGGCAAGUUGAACAGAAUUGUGGCGGCGACCAAAGGAGCCAAGCCGCACUCGCUCAUUUCAACGCCUCCAUUCCUGGUUCUGGGAGGAAGUGCAGAUUUCACGCUGCAGAGCUUGAUUGGCGGUGGUCACGGAAUCUUGGCUGGGCUGGCGAAUAUCGCGCCCAAGGCGUGCAUUGAAAUCGUGCGUCUGUACCGAGAAGGCAGCCUAGCCGAAGCGCAGAAGUUGCAGGAAGUCGUCGCCCGCGGGGAUUGGACCGCCAUCCAGGGUGGUAUUGUGAGCACGAAAGCUGGCAUGGAGUCCUGGCUGGGCUAUGGCGGAUAUGCACGCAGCCCGUUACCGCAUCCCAGCAGCAGCGAAAGCGCAAAGUGGAAAGAAGGCUUCAGGGAGCUGGUUGCAUUGGAGAAGAGCUUGUGA